AUGGUCUUGUGGACAUCCUCCGGUCUCAUCCUUACUUGCCAGUAUAAGUUUGAUGAUGAGAGGGUCACGAAAGAAGACAUGGAGAGGGCACUAGAGGAGCAGUAUGGCGGCGAGGAAGAGUUCCCACAGACAAAUCCUGGCUACAACAAUACUCCAUUCAAAUUUACAAAAUGCUCAAAUGCAUACAUGCUUGUGUAUAUACGAGUGAGCGACAAGGAUAAGAUUAUGUGUGAUGUGGAUGAGAAGGAUAUUGCAGAACAUCUCCGGAUAAGACUGAAAAAAGAAGAAGAAGAAGAAGAAAAGGAAGACAAGAGAAGAUACAAAGCACAAGCCCAACUUUACACCAUUAUUAAGGUUGCUCGAGAUGAGGAUUUAAAAGAAGAGAUAGGAAAGCAUGCAUAUUUUGAUCUUGUAGAUCAUGAUAAAGUCCGUAACUUCCGUAUCCAGAAGCAGAUGCGUUUUAAUAUCUUCAAGGAUGAAGUUGCGAAAGAGUUUGGUAUUCCAGUUCAAUUUCAGCGCUUCUGGAUGUGGGCGAAAAGGCAGAACCACACUUACCGCCCAAACCGACCAUUGACACCCCAGGAGGAGGCUCAAACUUUUGCUUUAUCUAGUAAAGCGCACGGUGCAGAGUUGAAAUUAUUUCUGGAAGUAGAGUUUGGACUGGAAAUAAAAUUUGAGCCAUGUGUAAUGUGCGAAUGCCUUCAUAAAAGAGCUUCAUUUUUGUCCAGUCAGAUCGAAAAUGGGGAUAUUAUUUGCUUCCAGAAACGACCUUCGGAUAAACUGUAUAACAAAAUGCGUUUCCCCGAUGUUCCUACGUACUUGGAGUAUGUGAAAAAUCGCCAGGUUGUGCAUGUUCGAGCCUUGGAGAGGCCCAGGGAAGAUGCAUUUUGCCUAGAAUUAGCGAAGAAUCACACAUAUGAUGAUGUCGUGGAAAAAAUUGCCCAGCAACUUGGCUUGGAGGAUCCAUCCAAAAUUAGGCUUACUCCUCACAAUUGCUAUUCUCAGCAACCAAAGCCAAAUCCGAUCAAAUAUAGAUCAGUUGAUCAUCUGCAAGACAUGCUUAUGCACCACAACCAGAUCUCCGAUAUAUUGUAUUAUGAAGUGCUGGAUAUUCCGCUUCCAGAGUUGCAGUGUAUAAAGAAUUUGAAUGUCGCCUUCCAUCAUGUUACAAAAGAUGAGGCUGCUGUUGUCAAUAUUAGGUUGCCAAAGCAAAGCACUGUUGGGGAUGUUCUCGAUGAGAUCAAGAAAAAGGUAGAAUUGUCUCAACCAAAUGCUGAGCUUAGGUUACUUGAAGUUUUCUAUCAUAAAAUUUACAAGAUUUUCCCCAUCCUUGAAAAAAUUGAGAACAUAAAUGACCAGUAUUGGACGAUGCGCGCUGAGGAGAUUCCGGAAGAAGAAAAGAAUCUUGGGCGCAACGAUCACUUGAUUCAUGUUCACCAUUUUACAAAGGAGGUUUCCCAGAAUCAAAUGCAAGUACAGAAUUUCGGGGACCCAUUCUUAUUGGUUAUUCAUAAAGAUGAAACAUUAGCAGAUGUUAAACUCCGCAUUCAAAAGAAAUUGCAGGUCCCAGAUGAAGAGUUUUCUAAGUGGAAGUUCGCAUUGGGAUGUCCAGAGUAUCUUGAGGACUCUAACGUUGUCUCCAGUCGUUUCCUGGUCCAGAGAAGAGAAGUGUACGGUGUUUGGAAGCAGUACCUUGGGCUAGAGCACUCUGUUACUACACCUAAAAGGGCAUAUACUAUUGUGAACCAGGGUAAUUUUCUGGAUAGAGGCAGUAGAUAUUGCGUUUUGUGUUCCGGUCACCAGAUUCCCCUGCAGUAGGCGAGAAUUAUAACAUUGCCUGAGCCUCCGAUACCCGUGAAAGAUCGUUCAUAACAGGAUUUUGGCUGAAUAGGGUCGGGUCGGGUCGGGUCGGGUCGGUAAAGUGAGUAUAGAUAGUAGUACUCUGUGUUUCUUAAUCUUAUGUCAUUUUUUCUGUUCAUCCCAAAUUUUAUAUCCAGGGAAUGUGGUGGUAAAUAA